UGUCUUUUACAAUCACUGACAUUACAGCUGGCUUGACUACCGCGUGUCCUUGAUGGAUCAUUAACUAAAGUGAACUAAUCUUUAUAGUCGGACGAAAAAACGUCAGACUUCUGCCGAUUGCAGGAGAUGUCCAGUGGUGGAAGUGUCUCAUUCUUCUACGACAGCCGGAGCGACUCUUGUUGUUUAAGUUCGAUUGGAAAAGCUCCAAAAAACAACAGAGGACUAAAAACCUGAACUCUGAAGAUUUUUCUUUGCUUUUCUUUGUUGAUGGUUUGAAUGAAAACUUUGUUAAUAUGAGUGCAGCUGAUUGACACACGUCUCACAUUUGACAACGUCUGAAAUGCGCUGAAAAGCAACAUUCGGUCAGUCUUGUGUGUUUAUCUUUGCUCCCGGUGUUGGUAUAUGUACAACAGGAGUUGAGGUAACACAUAAGCAUUCCUAACGACAGUUCAGAGAGGAGAGGCGUGUUAGUAAAACUGAACUAAGCAUGGUUGGGACAGGUGGCCCCGUGGCCACUUUCUCUGUGUGGGAUUAUGUGGUGUUUGCCGGAACCAUUUUGGGGGCAGCGGGCAUCGGCCUUUUCCAGGCCAUCCGAGGCCGCAAGGACACCAGCAGCGCCGAGUUCUUGCUGGGCGGACGGCAAAUGACAGCUGUGCCAGUCGCCAUGUCGCUCACUGCCAGCUUCAUGUCUGGCAUCACAGUCAUCGGCACACCUACUGAGGCCUACCGGUUCGGAGCUGCCUUCUGGCUCUUCGGCUUCUCUUAUGCCAUCAUGUCGGUCGUCUCUGCCGAGGUCUUCGUCCCGCUUUUCUACAGACUGGGGAUCACCAGCGCCUACGAGUACCUGGAGAUGCGCUUCAGCCGGCCCAUUCGGAUAAUUGGGACGUCGAUGUACAUCAUACAAACGGCCCUCUACACCGGUUUGGUCAUCUAUGCUCCUGCUCUUGCACUAAAUCAAAUCACAGGACUUGAUCUAUGGGGAGUGCUGGUGUCUACAGGAGCGGUGUGCAUCAUCUACUGCACUUUGGGCGGUCUGAAAGCAGUAAUCUGGACAGACGUGAUACAGAUGGUGAUCAUGCUGGUGGGUUUCGUGGCGGUUAUAGCCAGAGGAGCUGUACUGCAGGGAGGCCUGACGAAGAUCUGGGAAGACGCCGGCCGAGGAGGCCGACUCGAGGCGUUUGAUUUUGACCCAGAUCCUCUGAAGCGACAUACCUUCUGGACCAUCGUCGUUGGCGGCAGCGUCAUGUGGGUGUCCAUCUACUCCAUCAACCAGUCCCAGGUGCAACGCUACAUCUCCUGCAAAACCCUGGGACACGCCAAGAUGUCUUUGUACGUGAACAUGGUUGGCUUGUGGGUAACUGUGAGUCUGGCUAUGUUUUCUGGCCUCACCAUGUUCUCCAUUUACAAGAACUGUGACCCACUUACAAACGGUGAUAUAGGCACCUACGACCAGAUGCUGCCCUACCUUGUGAUGGAUAUUUUGGCAGACUACCCUGGCAUCCCCGGCUUGUUUGUGGCUGCUGCAUACAGCGGCACCCUUAGCACGGUGUCUUCCAGCAUCAACGCCCUUGUUGCCGUCACCGUGGAAGACUUCAUUCUACCGCAGUGCAAAAACCUCACGGAGAGGCAGGUGAUCUGGUUGAACAUGGGCCUGAGUGUAUUCUUUGGCGCCCUGUGUAUUGGGAUGGCUGGAGUUGCUUCAGUAUUGGGAAACGUUUUGCAGGCAGCUCUGUCCAUAUUUGGCAUGAUCAGCGGGCCUCUACUGGGUCUUUACCUAUUGGGCAUGCUAUUCCGCACAUCCAAUUCAAUAGGAGGACUUGUGGGAAUGAUCGUGGGUCUGGUGUUGACUCUGUGGGUGGGGGUCGGAGGCCUGAUUUUCCCACCGACAGAUGAAAAGACAAAUCCUCUCCAAGUCAGCACUGUGGGCUGCAACAGCACAAUGGGCCAAAACUACACGACGGCAGCUCCGUGGACCAGUGCGGUGACCCUGACCUCACAGAGCGACGUGAGGCCGCCUCUGGCAGACUCCUGGUACUCUCUGUCCUACCUCCACUUCGCUCUCUUGGGUACUCUGACCACCAUGGUGUCUGGCCUGCUGGUGAGCGCGAUCACAGGUGGAUGCAAGCAAGAACACAUUAACCCUGAUCUGUUUGUGAAAAUGAGCGACCUGGUCUGCUUCAGCUGCUGUGGUGAAUCAGAGGAAACAGACGUCACAGAAAAGGCCGCCACAGACUUUCAUUUGAAAGCUGGGAACUCAACAUUCAAAGACGUUGACUCGUGGCUGCUAUAUUCUGAACAUUGACCUCCUGCAUUGAUAUUUGGAUAUUUGACAACACGUGUGAAAGCAUUUGCUUUUGAUUAUUUGCUUAGUGGCUACUUAUUUAUAUCUUGAAAUUGUGCACUUUUUAUGAACUACCUGCAUUAAUUA